UAUUGACAAUUAACUUUAAUAUUACUGAUAUAUUAAUUGAGCGCCUUCUCUCAAAAUCUACAAAUAAUUUGUUGCAAAAAACACCACCUUCAGUCAGAAGACAUCAUCCGGGGUUAUUUAAAUCCUGUUUAGCUCGCAGAUCACGGGGACAAGCGAGAUACAUGCAGAAGAGUCACGUGUAGAGGCUGUAACGCCGAUAGAAAUUAUAUGCCGUAUGUGACACGAUAAAAGCGUGGAGUGACUGAAAGAAGUAAUCGGCCCGCGAUACAUAAAACAUCGGGUAAACGAUCGGCGCGUGUCGAAGGCCAAUGACGAUACGACGCAAUACGGUAAACGUGGCCGUGUCGUGAUGAUAUGUCGCCCGUAGUCGUUGCCCGUAUGCGACUUGCGUGUUAAUCGCCUUCCCUGCGAUUCUUAAGUGGCUCGUCGAGUAAACAUUAUCAAAAUGCAUCGCCUCGUGACAACGCGCGGAUUUACAACCGUCGCGAAUAAGGCCGUCCUUUCGAUAGGAAACGUAGAUGAUGAAAUCGAUCGAAAGCUCGAGAUAAUAAUUGAACGAAUAAUUUGUCUGCAUAGAAACUAAUAUUUUUGCGGUAAAGACAAAUUCCCGACAUUUAAAGUUGCGAAAGUGAAGUGUAGUCCUUUUAGAGUUUCGAGUACGUGAGUAUGUAGAUUCAUCCUAAACGAUAGAGACACAUUGGAUGCCUUCUAUAUUUAAGUUUACAGCGAUUUAAUUGACAUUAGAAUAUUUUUCUAGAAACGGACUGUCUCCGCUUGCGGAGAAGUCAAAGGUCAAAUAUAUUUUAACUUCGUAACGAUUAGGAGGAGUAUUUUAGUUUCCGGAAUUUUCUCGACGAGGCGCGAAGUUCCACCGCGGGUACCGCGGAAAUCUCGAUUCGAGGUCCAUCGAGCGACCUUGAGAAAUACCUUACGCUCCUACGACGUAAUCGAAAGGUGCGCGGAUUCGGAAGGUAACGAUUCGCUUGUAGUCUCGCCUCGUAGCUCACGAUCGUCUCGCCGCCAUUAUCGGCGUCGGGGAGAAAAACGACAUUUAUUUCUGCUCGCCAAUGAAGUCAUUGUGCUAUAAAGGCGAUUAUUAUAAGGAGGGAAACAUUCCGCGCAGAUUGCAAAAAGUGGAGACGUGGGCAAGGACAAUCUCGACACUCGCGAUAAAUCACGGUCGCUCGUCGUGCCGCGCGGCGGUAUCGAUCACUCGCGUUUCACCCUCGAGGGGAAAACCCCUAACAAACUUACCACCAUCGUUCAUCCACUUUCGUGGAUCCAAGAAUUUAUAUUUUAAUAAAGAAAUACGAGUUUAAUGUUAUUAAAAGAAGUCGCGUCAAACAGUAACUGGGAGAACGCCUAUUUAAAUUUGAUUAGGGCAUAUGUUGGGCCAUCCAUACCGUUGGCACCGGCCAACGUUGCGGCCAACGGUGGAGGAUCGCCUCUUCGUCCAAGAACGAGUCCUCCACCGCCGCCGCCGCCGAGCCAGGAAGGCGCCAACGAUAAUUCGCAAUCGAAUCAUCAUCAGAGCUCAACGAAUGGCCCCUCACCGAUGGCCGCCCUAAUGUCAGUCGCUGACAAUCUGACGUCACCCGAACCGGUGCCACAGCCGCCGAACAAUCCCAGUCCCACCAGCAGAAGUCCGCCGACCACGGCCACAAAUGCUCAACAACGCAGUGCUUCUAGAGGCUCUCAACACAGCCCGAACAGUUCAGGCUCAUCGGGUAGGCGGUCCAGUAGUUCAAGGCAAGUCUCAUCGACAACCGUGACGACGUCUUCGGAGGGUGCGGUCGCUCAAGCUGCCGGCGCGGAACCUGUUACAGCGCCGACUCUCAAGUGCACGCUAUGCCAGGAACGCCUAGAGGAUACGCACUUCGUGCAAUGCCCUAGCGUGCCGCAUCACAAGUUCUGCUUCCCGUGCAGUCGGGACAGCAUAAAGAGGCAGGGUGCCGGCUCGGAGGUUUAUUGUCCGAGCGGCGAGAAAUGCCCGCUGGCAAACAGCCAGGUACCGUGGGCCUUCAUGCAAGGCGAGAUCGCCACUAUCCUGGGCGAGGAUACCACGGGCACCGGGCUUAAAGUUAAGAAGGAGAGAGAAACUUAAAGACCCUCUUUCAAUGUCGAAUCAGGGCUCAAUUUUCUGUCUCUCUUUAAAUAGAGGGGCUGUUAUAUGGUUGGAACCAUGAAGGGUUUCACCGAACGCUUUUGGUAACGGUGAUAAAGACUCGUUGGCGACACGCGGGAGAGCCAACGAACGACUUGAGCCAAAGACGUUGUCUGGUGCGAUACGGAUUCUUCUCAUGAAGUGUUGACGUCAAUGAUAAAGGGGGUUGUAGGGGUGAAAACAAAGAAAGAGAGGGUAGAUAGGGUUGGGGGAGGGAAAGUGGACGAGUUGGUUUUAGUAGUUGUGAUCGACGGUUAAUGACGCAUUUAGAUGAUGUGAUCGGUAUCGUUACGGUAUUUUAUCUUUCGCGGCCGGUUCUGAGAAGAAGUCUUUGGCAAAUUGCAUGCUGGCGGUCGAUUGUUCUGCUGCACACAUGUACAUACGGAUUUCGUAGAGAGCGGUUAAUUGACGCGAUGAAGGCAGCGCAUUAUUUUUCGCGGAGCAAGAGGAGCAAAGCGCGCGCGCGACGUUGAAACCGCGACGGCGAUGGUGAUGAUAAUUUGUUGCCCGGUUUGGGUUUGUACUUAGGCUCGAUACGCCUUUUUUCAUUGUCUCUUGUACCGCGAGUUUUGACUCGCGUUCUUUUACACAUUUACAAUACACAAACACGUACAACACGAUACAACACAGGCACGAGCAUUCAUACAAAUAUUCGAGACACACUUCACGCACACUUUGAAACGGAAACAUUGACUUGAUAUCGCGAAACACACGCGACCGCAUUGUAUUUUUAUUUUUUCUUCUUCGCGCGCGUCCAAUACGACGAUUGGAAUCGUGGAUUUAACUAAUGACUAACGCGAGAGACAAAUUUCGUCUCCGCGACUAUCGCCGCCUCCUUUUUCUAUUCUUUCGUUUGUAUACUCUUUCUACCUAUACUCUUCACUCGUUGUAUUGUAUAAUAAACAUAUUAUGGCGGACAAUUUGGACCCAACGCACGGGUUUUCUGUACAUUGUGUAUAUGUGUACAUACUUAUAUUAUUAAUAAAACGUAUGACUAAAA